AUGAAAGUCGCUGUGUUGAGUGUAACUUGUUCUUGUUGUCGUCGUUAUUCUCGCCCCGCACAGGGUCUUGUUAAUUUUCCAGCCAUGAAGCUGUUGACCUCGCUCUGCCUGCUGUCUCUCUGUGCCUGGCUCGCGGUCACUGGCAAACCCACCUCGGAGAAGAAAGACCGGGUUCAUCACGCCAAGGACCUGGAGGAGAGACACCCCGAGGAAACGGAGGGAUUUCAGUACGACCACGAAGCCUUCCUGGGCAAAGAGACGGCCGAAACCUUCGAUACGUUGUCCACAGAGGAGAGCAAAAAGAGGCUGGGGAAGAUCGUGGACCGGAUCGACAAGAACAAGGACGGGUUUGUGACCCACGAGGAGCUGGUGGAGUGGAUCAAGCGGACGCAGAACCGUUUCAUUGACGAGAACGUGAAGAAGCACUGGAAGGAAUACGACCUGAACAAAGACGACAAAGUGUCGUGGGAGGAAUACAAGAACACCACGUACGGUUACUAUAAGGAGAACGAGGAGUUCAACGACGUGGACGACAAGGCCAGCUACGUAAAGAUGCAGUCCCGUGACGAGCGCAGGUUCAAGAUGGCGGACAAGGACGGCGAUCUGAUCGCUACCCGGGAGGAGUUCACCGCUUUCCUGCACCCGGAGGAGUUUGACUACAUGAAGGACGUCAUUGUUACGGAAACCAUGGAGGACAUCGAUAGGAAUGGCGAUGGUUUUGUGGAUAUGGAUGAAUUUAUCUACGACAUGUACAAUCCCGAGGCUGAGGAGCCGGAGCCGGAAUGGGUGAAGACGGAACGCCAGCAAUUCCGGGAGAUCCGGGAUACGAAUAAGGACGGGAAGCUGGACAGGCAGGAGGUCACGCAGUGGAUCCUCCCGGGGGAAUACGAUCACGCGGAGUCAGAAUCUCGACAUCUAAUCUACGAGUCGGACAUGAACAAGGACGGGCAGCUCAAUAAAGAGGAAUUCUUGGAGAAUUACACCAAGUUUGCGAGCAGCUCACUGACCGAUUUCGGAGAACUGAUGGUCGCGCACGACGAGUUUUAGCACACGUGCUCGCUCACUCGCUGGGUUCCCACCUCCCCACGCCCUGCUCGCACUGCCGGCAAUAACCCCCACCUACCUCUCCCCCCUCCACCCCAUCACACCGGCCCCCGAAGUAGGCAAGUUAGACUUUUGAUUCCCUCCGCUGAUGCUCACUGUUAAUGCUCUUGCGUCAUAUCGGGGCAAGUUGUGGAAAGGUCCCUACUUUCAAGGGCAAAGGAGCUGGACAACUCUUUUGUGUGCGGGAGGGAGGGAAUUGGUAGAUAAUUUUUCCAGUGCAACCCCUCAGUGUUUUACAAUGCCUCCGUAAAGCAAGAGGGUUAGAGAGAGAGCAAGAGAGAGACAUCUCUCUCACUCACUCAGCUGUCGCUAUCUGUCAGGCAAUCCAGAGCAGGAUUAAAUGUGCAAUAGUCAGGCUUGCAUUCAACCCAGGUGCCUUUUUGCGUUCACACACACGAUCUCUAUCUGGAUUCAAUAUCAGGGACGGUGAUGGCAGUGAACGAACAAGGGGAUGCAAAGGGAAAGGGAAGCAUAGUGCUCUUACCUCAAGAAUCAGCCCAGAAGGAUUGCAAAGGCCUCCGAGCCCACAAUGUAGAGGGAGCUUUACUCUGUCUCUCACCUGGACCUGGGAGUGUGAACGCAUGGUGGUAGAUUGAGCUUUGCUCUGCCUCUAACCCACGCUGCAGUUGAACUGAGAGUGUGGUUGAGAACGUUGGGGCUAUAAGUGAAACAAAAGAGUUCUAUCAUGCGUAUGUAUUCCCCCUGUUCAUUGCUGCUGGGUUGAAUUCUGUUGCUAAACUGCGUACCUUGUGAAACGGAUAGAAGAGUCUGUGGGUCUGUGACCACUUAUUGCCCAUAAGCUCAGUCUUUGUGCCUGCAACAAUCAAGCUCAUUUGAUAAUAAAAAAAAACUUUGUAUUAAAAGGAUAAA